GUCUAUGUUAUAUAUAUUAAAAGUUACUAUAUGAAUUUAUAUUUCAGGUAUGGUGUAAGAAAUAGUUUGCUCGUUUCACCAAUGCCCACUGCUUCUACUGCACAAAUUCUUGGUAAUAAUGAAUCGAUAGAACCUUACACAAGUAAUAUUUAUGUAAGAAGAGUUUUAUCGGGGGAAUUUCAGGUUGUGAAUCAUCAUUUAAUGAAUGAUCUAACUAAUUUGGGUAUAUGGAAUGAAGAUUUAAAGAAUAAAAUAAUUGCUUGUAAUGGUUCUAUUCAGAAAAUAGAUGGUAUUUCUGAUGAAUUAAAAAAACUGUAUAGAACUGUUUGGGAAAUACCUCAAAAAUCCAUUAUUAAGAUGGCUGCAGACAGGGGGGCUUUCAUUGAUCAAAGUCAGUCUUUAAACAUUCAUAUUGCAGAACCAAAUUAUGGAAAGUUAACAAGUAUGCAUUUUUAUGGAUGGCAGAUGGGAUUAAAGACAGGAAUGUAUUAUCUAAGAACUAAGCCAGCAGCCAAUGCCAUUCAAUUCACCGUAGAUAAAACAACAUUGACAAAAACAGCAGAAACGUCUAAUGAAAUUCAGCAAGAAAAACAAAAACAAGCAAUGGUAUGCUCUCUUCAAAACAAGGAAGAAUGUCUCAUGUGCAGUGCUUAAACAUUUUAUUCAAAAUGUUGAUCAUUUCAAAGAAAUUUAUAAUAUAAAAUAUGCCUCUGAAGAAAUUUUGACAAUCAUUUGAUAUUUUUAAAGAAUUUUUCCAGUUUGAUAACUAUUCAAAUAAUAUUUUUUUAAAUUUGAAUGCAUGCUAGAAAAUAUUUUGAUCUUACAAAUUAUAUGUUCUGUAGGUUUUGAUAAAUUAUUUCUUUUUAAAAUGUUUUUCCAGAAAGUAUUAUGUAACUUAAAACAUCAAAAGUUUUGAAUGCAUGGUACUAUGUACUGUAAUACAAUAUUGCAUAACUUCAUAAAGUUUCAAAUAUUGAUCAAAGAAAAUAAAUUUUGUAUUAUAUCAAAUGAUUCUCUGUAUUAAAAGUCCAUUUUAUAAAGUUU